AUGACGCCUGCCGUAGAAAACCCACCGGCUGAAGAAGAGGCUAAUGCCGAAGGUAAGAGAAAUACUCCGAGCUUGAAAAUAGGAUCUUUUAAAAUGUCAACGUUAUUACUUACGUUUAUGUAAAAAUUUUGGCCUGAAACGCCGAAUAGUUAAAGAUUUUACCGAGUUUAUAAGUUAUUUUCGACAGUGACGCAAUCUUGCCUUACCGAUGUCGAGAAAAAAUGAAUUUGGUUUCACGGACAGUGAAGGGUUUUUGCUUUGCAUUUUCAGUAAAAACGGAAAAAAUGUCCUUUUGUUUUGCUGAAAGCGUUUUAUUUUAUUGGCCUAGAAGGUCUUGCUGACAUACUUUCUUGUCGUCGUCCUGAGCACUUGGAUUGCACGUGCAAACAAUUUUUGCCACCAUGUGUGUUCCAUUCUUUUGCAAAAAUAACAUCACUAGGAUUGCGUGUACUCCCUUUAUAUAAAUCAGCAGAAACGGUUUUUGACGAUUCUGUGUUCUCUUUUUGGUUGUUUGUCUUCUCAAUGACAGCAACAUUUGCAACUUUGUUGACAUCAAGAGGAGCUUUCAGUAGUCAUGCUUCUUUAGGGCCCAUGAAAGAGUUAACUUUAAUCUUUAUUGUAAGAUGAUCUGUUCCUCCGUUUCGUGUUUCUGCUCUUACUUUUUCCGUAAAUUUAACCAAUUUAGCCACAUGCAGUGGUACCCUUGUAUGCUGAUGUCUGAGCUUACUACCCUAUUUUCUUGCAAAAGGAGGGAGACAUUGUGUGUACCCAAUACCACAGUACCAUACGCAGGGCUCGCACGCACCUUGAAAGUCCUUGAAAAUUGCAGUUGGUGCUGGAAAGUCCUUGAAUUCCAAUGCUAAGUAAACUUUAUAGUUUAAGUAGAACUCCAAAGAGAAAGGAGCAAACACAGAAAGACCUUCGGGAUAAAAUUACUCAAAGAACUAAAAAAGACAUAGACUCAAGGCUCUUUUUUGCACUGAAUGGAGUCUAGGUAUUCUCCCAACUUAAACUUUUGUUUUCAAUAUAUGGAUCUGUUUUAAUUCUGAUGUUGUUUCAGGGACCGAGAGUGACAGUGAUGAUGAACUGCCCGAGCUUGAAGAAGGAGAUGCUGGACAGCCCAAUAUAACAAGUGAUAUAGCAGCUGCUGCUGGAUUGACCGAAGAACCAGUUAGCAAAGCUAAACAAAGCCGAAGUGAGAAGAAAGCUCGCAAGGCUAUGUCAAAGCUAGGUCUCAAAAGUGUGUCAGGAGUUAAAAGGGUAGCGAUAAGAAAAUCCAAGAAUAUAUUGUUCGUUAUCAGUAAACCUGAUGUAUACAGAAGUCCAGGAUCUGACACCUACAUUGUGUUUGGAGAGGCAAAGGUAUGUACCAAUACUGUAUGAAUAUUACUGUUCUGUUUACAUCCAAGGAUUUUGUUUCUCAAAACCCUAGAGUAGUAACAUCACUUUAAGCUCAAUCGUUACAAAAGACCUCCUUAACUAACUCUUAAACAAAGACCAAGAUUCGUUGCCGCCCCCCUUCUAGGGGGGGGGGGGGGUGGUACUCGGGAUUUUAAGUUAUGGGGAUGAACAAAGGAUUUUUUGUGGUUAAAAUAAGUCCUAAUGAUAACAUUGGAGUGGUUUUGAGAAACAAAUAAAAGAAAUAGCUUUGUGCCCGAUGACGAUAAAGAUGCCUUAUGGUGAGGAAUGUCUGCCUGGCUUGGAAGCCUGCUAUCCAUUGUUUGUGCCUGUUGUUGUUUUUUGUAAACAUAUGUCUUGCAUACAAAUCUACAUUUCUGUGCUUCAUGUUGUAACUUCCAUACAUGGCGGACAGGCCAGGUCAGAAGUGGUCCUUUGAUCUAAAGAUUAUGAGAGCUGAGGGCACUGUUCUAUUUCUUUGGUAGGAAGGUAGAUGGUAGAUUGUAGGGUAAAGGGAGGUAAUUGUCACAAGAUUAUUGUGAACAAACCUAAUUUAAGGGUAUUUUCAGUGAAGGAAACAUCAUUUGUUGACGUUUUUUUUAAUUUUAUCAAAUAAUGUAUUUUCAAUAUUGUUUAAUUUGUUCUUAAUGCAGAUUGAAGAUCUAAGCCAACAAGCACAAGUGGAGGUAAGCCUUGAAAUGUACUGGUCUUUUGUUUGACAUUUUGUGUAUUUCAAGCAGUGUUCUCACCAGGCCGCGGCCUUGCGGGAUUCCCGCAAGAAAAAACUGAAAUGGCGCAUUAAAACCAAGAAGAUGCGCCCGUUAGGGCGCAGGGGCAAGCUACGAGUCAAACGGACUUAAGUAGUUUUAAUGGUCACCCUAACACUAAAGCAUUCUGUUUGUCUGAAUAAAUAAAAAAACAUGAUAUCAAAUAAGUCAAAGUCUUUAAUUUUGUUGCCUUUACUUUCAUUGGUCCCACGCACGUCCCACUACAUCGUAAACUCCUCCUCCGAAUCGUAAACACCUCUUCUGCCAUAUUGGAUCAGGUAGGUACUUCAUGUAACAGACAAUUUGGAGUGCGGGCUCAGGUUCUUCGUACCGCGUGUUUUUUGUAACUUUGUCCCCCUAAUGUUCUUACAGGGCCCCUAUUUCUCAGAAGAGGGGGCCCUGGGACUCCCCAAGGCAAAAUCCUGGUGAGAACACUGUUCAAGUAUAUGGUAAUAAUAAUAAUUUUUUAUCGCUAUAGUAAAUUUUGUGAUGCUUGUGUGCCAUGUACAUGUAGUAGCAUUCUAAAAUCCUGAAUCUUCCUCUGAGUGUAUGUCAGCUAUUCAUGACAACAGCUCCUGAUCCUGCACAAAAUGAACUUUCCUUUCUGUUUUACUAUGUCUAGGCUGCUGAAAAAUUCAAGGCCCCUCAACCUGCCCCUGUUGUGUCUGAAGCUAAGGCUGCUGCCAUUGAACAGGAAGAAGAAUCUGAUGAAGAAGAGGUAACUUAAAUCUUCUGCUUGAAAAAAAUUUAAGAUUCGAGGCCUGUACAUUCUACCUAUGAAUCUCAGUUUUUUCCCUUGUUUGUUUGAAUAAGUUGCUCUUAGGUUAAUAUUUAACACUGUCACUUCCAGAGUGAUCGAUAGUCUUCUUGUAAGAUGGUGUUAACUUUUGAAAUGUGGAUGAAAUCUUGUAGUAUUACUAUUCAAAUAAAUUCUCUUCAGCACUGCAGUAUUUUCUCCUGGUACUAUUUGGUUUUAUUUUUAUUUUUACAAAACAAAAGUAAUACAAUUUUACAGAACUUUGGUGACUUUUGGAAAUGAGAGGGUCAAUCCUUCAACUUUCAGCUGUUAAAGUGAUCAGCCCCAAAAAUCUAUUCCUCUUUCUAUCUCAUAUCCCUUUAACCUUAUUUUUUUAUGUGACAAUGAAUAAUUGUUACUUUACAAUGUAUUUUGUAGGUUAAUGCAACUGGAGUGGAAGAAAAAGAUAUCGAACUUGUUGUACAACAGGCAAAUGUCUCGAGAUCAAAGGUCAGUUUAAUAGAUUACUCUUCAUUCAUCUUAUUGAAUUUAUGUUUACUCUCCAAGGAUUAAGGCAAAGUCCAUAUUGCAACAUCCGUAGUUUUGCUGUCGACUCAAAAAAAAACGUGCAUAGCAUGUUAAAAAUGUUGUGGUCAGUUGAAGUGCCACUUUAGUGCAGACAGAAGGCCAAACCAGAGGGGGAAAAGUCACAUGUCCCUCGACGAAUAAAAAGGUGCAACUGAAAAUCUAUUGACUAUGACCUUUGUUCCUUCAUCUUUUUCCUUAUUCAUUCAAAAUAUACUUGUGUUCCCAUUAUUUCAUUAAAUUGAGUAUUGAUGAAGUCAUUUUUUGUUUCUUACAGGCCAUUAAAGCUCUCAAAAACAAUGAUAACGAUAUUGUCAAUGCUAUCAUGGUAAGGCCCCUUGCUAUGUGAAUUUUUUCAAUUUUUUUUUUUACUGUAAGGUUUUGUUGCACAUGUUUAUUACAUCAUGGAUGAGAGGGCUGUCGUUAGUAGCCAGCAGCCAGUUUUGUUAGCCAGUUACCACACUUUAAUCAGCUGACUAUAUUAAGGUUGAACUUAGUUGAACAAAUGACCGGCACUUUAAUCAGCUGGCUACGUUCCUUGAGAGACCAGCCACUUACAACCUUAAUGACAGCCCUGGGAUCGAUUUUCCUCUACACUCUUACUAGAAAGGAUAUCUUGCAAGGAAGCUCUCCAUUUCAAUUCACAUUAUCCCCCAAGCAGCAAGCUUGCUCGUCAUCCAGGAAAAGGAUGAUGACUUGGUAUUUUGCCAUGUUAAUGUAAAUAAAGGUUGAUGGCGUCCUGCUUUAACUGUAGAGCUUUUGUACUAAACUUUCAAGGGUCAAAGUGUUACAGUAUCAGACAAAAGUAGUCGGACAUGUCCACUGGGCACUGUUCUUUUCCUUCUUCCCCGUCUCCUCUCCCUCCCAAUAAUGUUAAUCACAGUCAACUCACCAAAUCUUGUGCGCCAACAUUGGGAGGACGAGGAGAAAGUAAAGUGUCCCAACAAGUUUGACUGAGACUGUAGGUCGCACCAUGAUUUGGGAGCAAUAUUCUAGAAUAUUUGGCUAUGCCCAGGGAGAGUUCUAAACCAAUGCAACCAGGGCUAGUAUUCUAAAACUUGGCAAUUAUUUGGAAAGGAGUCUUUUGAUCUUAUGUCUAUUCAGCUUUAGUGGUAUGAUUUUUGUUGGAACUUUUCCAAGGGUAAAUCUUAUCAGCAGGCAUCAUUUGCAUGUUGAUCAGCUAAGGCCGUAGUUGUCAAAUUGGAAGAUUUUAUUCUCAAAGUUCAGUGUUAAAUUUAUAGCCUGAGAAAACAGCCAAUAUUUGGCGACGCAACCACUGGUUUCCCCGCCAAAUGAUGUCUAAGAAACGAGUGCAGAAAUUCCAUACUGAUGGUGUGUCACUACCCACAUCUGGGUAGUUUCUCUGAUUGGUUGAAUCAAAUUUCCCAUAUGGCACGACCAAUCAGAAGCACUACCCAGAUCUGGGUAGUGACGCAUCACCAGUGUGAAAUUUCUGCCUUCAUUUCUCAGACGUCAUUUGGUGGGAAAACCAGUGGUAGCAUCACCAAAUGUUGGCUGUUUUCUCAGGCCACUAAAACUACAGCUUCUUUUCUGUAAUGGAAAGUGUUCUUAACCCUUUAAACCCCAAUAUAAGCAUACAAAUUCUCCUGACUGAUUGCUAUACAUUUCCUUACAGAAUUAGUCAGGAGAAUUUGAUAAAAGAUCAGGGCAUUUUUCCUUUGUUGAUCAUUUGUUAAUUCUCAUAUCUUUUUCUAUUGAUUAUGUAUUGAUAAUAUUAGGAGAAAAGUGAUGUUUGUCACUCUUGAGACUUAGGAUUAAUGUGUUUGUCUUUACUUUCUUUUUUAGGAGCUGACAAUGUAAAUUAACGAUGCCACAACAACUUUUUAGAUAUUAUAUACCUCUGGUCUGUACAGGAUUUCAAGUUUAACUAUGUUUUCUGCUUGCCAAAAAUAUGUGGGAAUAAAGUAGCCGUCUAGAAAAAUGGAAAUAAUUAUUUGUCCCUAAGUGUUUUGUUGUUGCAAGACUACUGUUCUUUCUAGAAAAAGUGUUUGAUUCAUUAGGAGAAGUAAAAUUCAUUGGUUUCGAAAUAAUUUUGAAACCAGUGAGUUGUACGUUCGGAGCAUUUAAUGUUCUGAAUGUAACAUGGGAAAGACUAAAUUUAAGGGAAGUAAGGGCACAUAAACCUUUGUCAAAAUAGUUUCAGAAAACUAAAUAUACAUGGAAACGUUGAUAUAGCAGACGGCCAAGGCACACUUCAUUCCCCC